AGAGGAGAAUUGCAAGGGGACACGUGGUGAUAGUUUGAAAUCUCAGCUGGAAUGGGAGCCAAGGCAAGCACCGUAGCACAAUCCGCUGGUGGCAACGGUCAAUCCUCCACUGGGGCCAAUGAGACCACAAUGCAGGGUUUCUCCAUGCUCCGUUCCCUGCCUGGUGGUGUGGGCAUGCUGCAGCAUCAGCAUCAGCAGGCUAAUCAGUCGCAGAACACACGUGUGUCCGGGGAUAGUAGACAGCGUGCACGCUCUUUGAGUUCCGUUCCUGAUCUCUCCUCCUCUGAGCAGGCCGGUCUCUCUACCUCGGUAGGGGUUGGUGUCGCAGGGGUUGGAGUUGGACCCCUUGGCCUGCCGCAACUGAUCCCGGAUUCCGACGACACGGAUGAGGAGAGUGGUCGCGUUUACGCCGCUCAUAGCUUGCCUUCGCACAUUUGGUCCCUUAACG